AGAAGUUAUGGCGGCCACCAGAAGAUUGAGAUCCUUGCUGCUGGGAAGAUGGAGCUGCCAGCCGGCAGGAAUCCAGUUAUCCCGGCCACUUACUGACCUGAUUCCCAGAGAGUCCCAGGAGAAUGAUAUAUUAGAUUUCCUGGAGAAGCGACCACAUCGUAAGCAUCCAGGCAUCUUAAAUUUAUCCCAAGUGCGGCUGCCACAGGCCCUGGUCACUGCAGCCCAACGCCUCGUACAGGAAAGCUCUAUACCCAAUAUAGAGAAACAGGUUCAGACACUCACCAACUACCUCUGGAGUCGAAAACUUCCUAUAGAACCUGAGGAACUUCAAAAAAAAGCAAUACAGCUGGAAAAUGAACUCCAGCAAGCUACAGGAUCAUUACAGUCAGAGAAACAGCUUCGUGGAGCUGUGUUGAGUACCCUACGCAAAACUAUCUACCAUUGGCAAAAACUAAGUUAUGAUGAAAGACUGAGCUUGCUAUACAUGGCAGCACGACUGGAUGGUGGCUUUGCAGCUAUUUCCAGAGCCUUCCAUGAGAUCCAAGCUCGUGUUCCAGACUUUAAGCCACAAACUUUAAUGGAUUUUGGCUCAGGCACUGGUUCUGUUACUUGGGCUGCUUAUAAUACUUGGGGCCAUAGUCUUCGUGAAUAUUUGAAUGUGGACAGCUCAGCUCCUAUGUUGGCCUUAGCAGAAAGGCUUCUGAAAGGUGGUUUAGAUUCUGGGAAACCUCAUGUUCCAGGAGUCUUUUUUAGACAGUUUCUCCCAGUUUCACCAAAGAUACAGUUUGAUGUGGUAGUUUCUGCUUUCUCUCUAAGUGAGUUACCCAGCAUGGCUGAUCGAACUGAAGUCAUUCAAACUUUGUGGCGUAAGACAGGCCACUUCCUGGUUUUGAUAGAGAAUGGAACAAAAACUGGACACCGUCUCCUCAUGGAUGCAAGGGACCUAGUCCUUAAAGGACCAGAGAAAUCUCCCUUAGACCAUCGACCUGGACAUGUCUUCGCUCCAUGUCCCCAUGAACUUCCUUGCCCCAAGCUAUCUACUUCUCCAGCCCAGGCCUGCAGCUUUUCCCAAGCAUACAGCACCAUUCCUUUUAGCUGGAACCAUACUCAUAAGGAGGAGAAGUUCUCUCUGGUAAUCCUAAGCCGGAGCUUUCCAGGAGAGAAUCAUCGAUUGGCCCGUGUCACCCAGCCUGUCCUUAAACGGCCACGCCAUGUACAUUGUCACUUGUGUUGCCCUGAUGGCCAUCUCCAACAUGUUGUGGUUACUGCUCGACGACAUGGCAGACACUUAUAUCGCUGUGCUCGUGCUAGUAGCUGGGGCGAUCGCUUGCCUUUGACCACUUCACUUGAGCUUCCUCCAUCCCCUGUUCAAGAUCCUUCUGACAACUGACAAGGGAGCUUAGGAGUAGUUGGCUAACACCUCCCAGCUUUUAUCAUCCUUGCCAAAAAUGAAGCUUUGUGGGGAUUCAUGAUAGGAGUACCACAUACCCCCUAACUUUUGAAUUGAAUUAAAUGUUAUUUUUUAAAUAGAAAAAAAAAAA